AUGGCAGCUUUGGGGCCUUUCUGUCACCCUUUGGCCAAGGCUUUCAUCACACAUGGAGGGUCUCAUGGCAUCUAUGAGGGUACAGUAUGCAACGGGGUGCCCAUGGUCAUGCUGCCACUGUUUGGUGACCAAGCUGACAAUGUUCAACGCAUGGUUGCACGUGGUGUUGCUGAGUCUUUGACCAUUGCUGACGUGACCACAACCACACUUUUGGAAGCCCUCAACAAAGUAAUUUAUGACAAGAGUUACAAGGCAAAUAUGAUGAAGCUUUCAGCUGUGCUGCUUGAUCCGAUUGAACCUCUUGACCUGGCCGUCUUCUGGACCGAGUUUGUCAUGAGACACAAAGGAGCAGAGCACUUGCGCCCAGCUGCUCACGAGCUGAACUGGAUCCAGUACCACAGCCUUGAUGUGAUCGCACUGCUAACAACCAUUGUGCUCACUGUUGUUCUCGUGACAAUUAAAAGUUGCAUGUUCUGUUUGAAGAAGUGCACACGAAACAAGACUAAACAAAAGAAAAACAAGCGAGAGUAGUUGAGGAGUUUUGUUUGUGAGUGAAGGUGAAUGGCACUGGCAGAAGGAAAAAACACAGUCUACCUCCUUAUUAUAGCCUAGUGUGUUUGGAGAAACUAUUUGAAAGUGAAAAUAUGCAGUGAAUUUCUAGCUACUUAUUAGGUUGUAAAGGGCCUAGGGUUUCUUCAAAUCAAUGAAUGCUGUUGACAAUGGGUGUUUAUUGCAUACAUAGAAGACUACUUUUUGUGUACUUCUGCUGUAAGUCAAUCAUUUUGACACUUCAUUGUAUUAUUGUGCAAUAGUCUAUAUGAAGAAAACUUGGUAUGAUAACAAUAAAAAAAACUGACUACAUUA